AUGUACGCACCACAGUAUCCGACUCCUCCCCCGGGCUACAUGCCCUACGACUACCACCGCACGACGCCGCCCAUGUCGCCCGGCCCCGGUGCCAGCUACUACUCGCCGCGUCACGCGCCCCAGAUGGCAACCCCGCGAGGCAGCCCCAAGGUGCAAGCCCACACUCGCCGCGCAUCGCACGCCGUACCACCAAACUACUCGUACCAGCCCACACCUCGUGGAGGGGCCAUGCCUCAGUAUGGUGCCGCAGAUCCGCGCACGUAUGCUACGCCGAGAGGCACCCCCGAAUUUGUAAGUCAUUUUGGUUACAGUCCUCCACGUCGGCAUCGCCGCGACUCAGACGCCCAGCCUCUCAAGCGCAGCAAUCGCGAGAGGCAGCGUCGUCCGUCGCAGUCGGCCCGCUACGUCCAUACCAAAGUUGUCUAUGACGACCAAGGCUUCGGCUACGAACGCGAAUACGCCUAUGAUGACUACGAGUACCCACCGCCGCCGUACGAACAGUAUGCGCGCAACGACAUGUACGGACGGGAUGCUGAUCGAUAUUGUCAUGAUCAGGUCCCCAUCUAUGAGCCAGAGCCAAAGUCAAACCGCCCACGCCGCGCCUCCGCCUCGACCCGGCAGCCUGCCGCUUCCCCGAAGAAGCCCACCGCACCACCAAAGUCCAGCCCCAAGGCCACCGAAGAAGAUGCGCGCCGCGCUGGCAUCCCCGCCGGUUACUCGUACAAGAACUGGGACCCCACCGAGGAGCCCAUCAUGCUUCUCGGAUCCGUCUUCGAUGCCAACUCGCUCGGCAAGUGGAUCUACGACUGGACCGUCUUCCACUACGGCCCCGCCACCCCCCUUGCUGAGAUGGCAGGUGAGCUUUGGCUCCUCCUGAUCCAGCUCGCCGGCAAAGUCAAGAGGGCCGACGAGACGAUGCCCAAGAUCCGCAAGAAGGAGAACCAUGAAAUGGUCGAGGACUUCCUCGAGAGCGGAGAGCGUCUCUGGGUCCGCUUCGCCAAGCUCCUCAAGGUGUGUGAGGACUACAUGUGGAAGGCGGCCAAGAAGGAGAGCGGCCAAACCAAGCCCGUCUCCAUGGGCAAGAACAGCGGCAAGGAGUUUGUCGAGUCCAUCUUCGGUCGCGACCGAGAACUUGAAAAGACGGAGAAGCUCAUGACGGGCAUGCGCCUCUGGUCUAUGCGUUUCGACGCAAACUGCGAAGACAUUCUUCGCUAUCCAUCCGCUUAG